GUAUCUUUAUCACAUUGGGCUCUGGACCUAAGACCACUGCCUUUGUGGGAUAGCGAGGUGGAUGCAGUGAAGAAGACUUUGUACAAAUAUACAGCGGAGAAGGUAUGAGCUGGAUAACACGCAAGAAUUUUCUUGCCGGCCAUCGACGACUGUGAUCUCUAGUCGUAAAAGGGACACCAUGCCUGUUUCAGAAAAUGACGCUACACAUCAACUGCCCCAUACAUUCGGGCUUUGGAGUGGUAUCAGUGUAGGAUGGCUCACCUUGAACGUCUUUGGAGGCAUGUCCUUCAUCCUCUUUGUCGGUCUUUCCGCAGGAGGAAUUCCCACUAUACUUUACAGCUUUAUUGGAUCCUGUUUUUGUGUCAUCUGCAUCAUCUUGACCUUUGCACAAUGUGCUUCGCGUUUCGCUACGGCUGGCGGCGCCUAUCACUUCGCCACCUUCUUACUGCCCAAGAAAUAUCGCCGGCAAUGCGCGUAUCCUCUUGGUUGGCUCAACUACUGCGGUUGGGUCUUCACCCACGCGGCUUGCUGUGCCAUAGUUGCAACAUUGACCAUGGCGUUGGUAAAUCUCUGCGACGAUGACUUCGAUGUGAGUACCAGGUGGCAGCUCUUCCUCGUAUAUGUUGCGGUAGCUGCCACCUGCUGGAUCAUCAAUCUCUUCGGGCUUAAGGGCAUCCCGACGUUGGAGGUGAUAGGGUGCUGGGCGACCGUGCUAGGCUUCAUAGCGUUCACGGUUGCACUAUUGGUGAAAGCUCCAAAAGCUUCCGCUCGUGACGUGUUCAUCAAGACGAACAACAGUACUGGAUAUUCAUCCACCUCCUUGGCGAUCUUACUCGGCCUGUUCAACAGUUUCUCGACCCUGAUGGGCCUCGACUGCCCAACACAUCUUGCCGAAGAGGUCAAGGGGCCCAAGAAGAUUAUUCCCCGUAUAUUGGUGGUUGUCAUUCUUUCGCAGACCAUUGUAGGUGUCGUUUGGAUUCUUGCCCUUGGGUUCUCCAUCACAGACCUGGAGGCCAUUACAGCAACAUCUACGGGUGUUCCAAUCCUUGAGCUCAUCCGACUUGGAACUGGUAGCAAUGCGGCUGCAAUAGUAUUCUGUAUCAUUCUACUUGUCAACAAUGGCGCAUCAGCACUAGGUGCUGCGGUGACCAUGAGUCGUCAAGGAUAUGCUUUUGCCCGAGACGGAGGACUGUUCUGGAACAGCAAGCUCACCGAACUUUCGCCUCGCACACAACUCCCUGUAUGGUCUAUCAACAUGCCGUCCGUCGUUGUCGUGGUAAUUGGGCUCAUCUACCUGUUCUCUUCGGCUGCUUUCAAUGCCAUCAUUGGCUCACAAGCCAUUUGCAUGAUCAUCAGCUUCGGCUGCCCUGCUCUGAUCAUGCUACUGACCAACGGGUCUACGUUGCCAGAGAGCCCGAAUUGGAACUUUGGGCGCUGGUCUAAGCCUAUUUACAUAGUGUCCGUGGCCUACUGCAUAUUGGUAGCCAUUGUAGCGCUGAUACCGCAAGUCCAUCCUGUGAACGCGAUGAGCAUGAACUACACCAGCCUGAUAAUUAGCAUUUUUCUUAUUGCGAUGUCGCUGGCAUGGUUCUUUGAGGGACGGAAGCUGUUCUCACCUCCGACCUACGUUGAGCUCGAAGCUGAGGUACUCCAAGGCCAGGAUCUAGACGUAGAUGAGGAGAAGAUCUCCGGACCCGUUCUUAGCGAUAAGAAGCGGACUAGGUCAGCAUUGAAUCUUCCAUCUAAGCACGAUAGUCGAGAAGUAGCUGAUUUUAGUACAUGUACUUUCAUCGAGACGUAGAUCCAGUUGGUAGACACGAGGUAAUAACCUCCAGUAUCUCUACUGGAGAUCCUACAGUCACACGCUUGUAAGACUUGCAUCUGUCUAGUGCACCCAUACAACAUUGGUGAAGUUUUGUAAUUUUACUCCUAGGCUGUGGUCUCCUACAAGUGUCCUAUCUGUGAAGAAUUGGAUCUAAAGAGGUUACGUCAUCUUUUCUGUCUUCAGAACAGCCGCAUCUGAGUCUUGAUUGUAUUUUCGUUACUUAUGAUACACUACAGCGCACGGACACUAUAACAAUUUUUACUUAUACGCUUAGUGGUGUCUUUCUGGUUCUCCGGUCUUUCUCUGAAUCCCAAGUCUCAUCUUCGUCUACGUUGCUAGUUGAUUGUUACACACCCACGACUAUCUCUAGUACAGCUUGGAUGCAAGUGAUCCAGAAUCUCCACAUU